UCUCUCUCUCUCUCUCAUGAUCACAAGACGCAUGCGCUCAAUCCUCCCUAUAACGCAGCCACAAUGCCAGCAGUUAUGAAUUGCGUCUCCCGCCACGUGAACACACACUGGAGGGGAGCCGAGCAGCAACUGUCGAGCAGCCUGGAGUGAUACAGCAUGAGUCAGCCCGAAGAAGAGAAUGCCAGCGUCCACUCUGACAAUUCGAAUAAUUCAGACAACGCUUCAAGCUUCGUUGCCAUCAACACAGGAUGCGGCAAACUGAACGUCGCCACUAGACAGGGGCGACACCUUCACUUCCUGCAGAUGGUGAUACUUCCACUUGUGCCAAUCGCUGGAUUAAUCAUCCAGAACUGCAUUUCCAUGGAGGCUGUAAUCCGCUACCAGGGAGACAUCAGCCGAGUGAAUGAUGGGGUUGAGAGCACUGUAACGCUUGGCAUCUUAGUGUCAGCCAUUCAGACGGAGAGACUGAGUGUGGCAUAUUAUGUCUUCACCAACGGUUCUUUGUUAAGAUCCAACCUCAGCCGAACGUAUGCAGAAACCAACAAAGUAGUGAAGGAUUUGAUCACGUGGCCUCAGAUUGAAAAGGACCAGUCAGACCUCUUCGAAUCACCACAGCAUUUUCAAAUAAGACUUAAUGACUUCAGGCGUAACGUGGACUCAUCUGAUGUGUACAUUCGAGACAAAAUGGAAUUCUAUGAGCAGAUAACCACCCCGCUCAUCCGCCAGCUAAUUCUCAAAACCUCCAGUACAACCUCACCAGGCCUGUGGCAGCUUGUUGAGGCGUACAAGAGCAUGAUACAUGCCAUAGAAAACAUGGGCCGAAGUGUCAUUUAUGGUCUGAACUACUAUGGUCGUGGUCACAUCGACCAAAUGGGACUUUACCACUACGUCAGGUUAAGAGCUAUUGCUACCUCUGGCAUACGGACCACACUGGAAUUUUCUAAACGCAGCGCCGCACGCAUUGAAAAGAUACAAGAGCAGGAGUAUUUAAGUGAAAUCCGUCUCUGGGAUAGUGAAGUGCGAAGAAACAAGUAUAUUAAUGGCUCGUCAAGAGCGGCAACUCGCUAUAUCACUUUCAUGGCUCGCUACCUGGAUGACCUCAAGAAAGCACAGGGCCAACUGCAGGAUGAAAUAAGGACUACCAUCCAAGAGCAACUGACGGUGGCCGAUAGAGAGGAGGCGGUAAGCAUAGCCAUCCUGGUCCUUGUGCUAUCCAUAUCUCCAAUCAUCGUGUUACUGGUACGGAAGGCAACUCACAUGGUACAGCUAUUUUCAGAUACAUUGUCUGUGAAGAUGUCUCAACUAAAAGCAGAAAAGAAACGGAGUGACCGUUUAUUGUACCAAAUGUUGCCAAUAGAAGUUGCACGCCAGCUGCGGCAGAACAGACAGGUUCCUGCGGAGAGCUUCGAGAGUGCUACUGUUUACUUCAGCGACAUAGUUGGCUUUGAGGACUUGUGUGCAGAAAGUUCACCCAUGCAGAUUGUGACUCUUCUCAACUGCCAAUAUAAAGUAUUUGAUUCACGUCUCGAGAAGUACGACGUUUAUAAAGUGGAGACCAUCGGUGACGCCUACAUGGUAGUGUCUGGCCUGCCGCGGCGAAACGGUCAACGUCACGUGUUGGAAAUCAGUUGUCUGGCGCUUGACCUACGGCACGCUGUCCAAGCCAUUCCUAUCCCACACAAGCCAGGAUCUUUCUUGCAGACUCGCGCAGGAGUGAACACGGGGCCCGUAGUUGCUGGCGUGGUUGGAACCCGGAUGCCUCGUUACUGCCUCUUUGGAGACACAGUCAAUACCGCCUCACGUAUGGAAACAACAUGUGAGCCAAUGCGCAUCCAGAUAUCUCUCAGUACACGGAUGUCACUUCUGUCUGCUGGUGGAUUCAUUAUGGAGUUUCGUGGAUACACUGAGGUGAAGGGAAAAGGUGAGAUGGCUACUUAUUGGCUAGAGGGCCGAGACGGACUGACUUUCGGCGCUGUUAAUGUUCCAGUUUUAGAAGAUCCUAACGCUGAAUUAACGAAUCCGCAAGAAAAGUGAUAGUAAUAAUGUGAAAUAUUUCGUUAUGUAAUAAAAUCUUGAUUGGUCUUGUGAUUAUGGCAUGUAUUCUUUAAUUUAUUUUCAUUUACUGAACGCUAAUCUUUUUGUUCCAUAAUACAAUGGGGAAGGCAUCGUCUACCUUCUAAAACAACUUUAUUUUUUUGCAGAAAAUCUAUUAAUCUAAUUACACACACAUCCUUUUCUAGAAAAGAAAAAUAUUAUGACGUUUCGUACACCAGCCUCGGGAUCCCAAAUAGGUUCAGGUCAGAUUGCCUUUUUAGUAUUGAUCUUAAACGUCUCGACGUUUCCAUCAACUUUUCAUUCAUCAACACCUGCAUCAUUAGCUGCUUUAGAUCUAUUUUUAGUGUGUAGAAAACCUUCUGCCGAACACUGAAGCUGUUUAUAUCCUCACUGAAUUACAAAAGGGUGAGGCAACUGACAGUAACUUCUUUUCUGUUCCUUCCUAUUUUAUCUAUCCCUAUUUUCAGUCCAAAGUUGGGUGUAAGUUUGCAUUGAUGAAGGACCCAUUUUUUUUAAAACUUAGUGUUAAUAUUUUCCAUCACUAAUGUAGCCCUUUUACAUUUUUUUUUACCAUGGUCCACGCUUUGGUAAGUAAACCAAACCCAAGCAAAUCUUAAUUGAUAUAUUGUGAAUAACUAUCCCUUUCCAACAACAAAUCCCAAUGCUGUAUACCUGUCUUAUGCAAUGGAAGUUUGUCGAAAAUGUUGAAAAGUACCAACGUGCUCCUAUGUUAUGAAAUAUUGUAUACAUCCUUCAGAUAAAUAGAUUUUGUACCUCAAAUGCUGCAUUCUGGUGGGUUUAGAAGACUGUUUUUGCAACUCAAUAAUAAUGGUAUAUUUUAUAACCAGCGUCAACUGUUACCAGAGAAGUACUGAUAUUAUUUUACUCCUUCAAUAGUCUCAUGGUUUUUAUUACCCUUAUCAGACAGGAUUUUCUCAUUCUGCGUGAUGUAAACCACAUAUAAAGGGUCUCCUGUGAUUUAAAGCAUAUAUUUCGGUAUUUGAUGUUUAAGUAAUUCUGUGUGAAAAAUACUCCAUACACAUGGUGUGUUUUGCUGUAUUUUGCGAGAUAUUAAUUUGGCUGUUGCGUGUAGCGAGAACUGCUGGCUAGGUUCUCCUCCUCAAGUACCUACAUAUUGCAAAGGCUGCGCUCGGUAUCGUUAUAUAUUUUUUUCUAAAUGUAUAAUGUACGCAGUCAACGCCUUACAGAUGGCAUUUAGUAAAGGACAAAUUAAGAUAAAGAGAAAACACACUAAUAUAGUGGUUCUUUAGAACUAUAUAUGGUGACUAAUCAGCUUCAUGACGACCCAGUAUUCUUGCCAUGCAGACGUCCCUCUAAUAUUCUUUCUAAUUGAUGUCAAAUUGUGCUUUGUUCUGUAGAUUUGGCUCGUUUAUGUAUCUGGUGGAGCUUUGUAUUGCCAUUUGGACGAUGCUACUUUAAGCUGCAUUCCCAUCACACAGUGAAUGGUGUGUCAUUAAUAUCAUUACAUGAAUAUCAUGAUCGAAAAAUCAGUAUUACUAAAUGUGAAAGAUUUUUCACUGUGGCAAAAAGACGCACUUUGG